AUGGAAGAAAGAUUGGGUUCUGUAUUAGUAGUACCGUUACGUGUUAUUUACAGCAUUGACCGUGCGUCCUCCAUCCGUUGCUUAGCAAAAUCGAGACAUGCUGUGCCUGUCCAAGUCUUGAUUACAUUUGAUAAGGGAAAAAUCAUUUGUCAAGUAGAUGCCCGACAUGCUGUCGAGGCUAUUUUGAAUUGCAGCCCAGAACUCAAUUGCAAAUCGGAUCAAGAAUUCAGUGUGUAUGCCUUGGAUCAUUUAGAAGCUGAUGAACUGUUUGUUGGAUUAGGAUUCCUUUCAUCGCUGUCAUCCCAGUCUAUUCCAGGUCCUCCCAAAAAUCUUUCACCGGAAACUGUCUGGCUGAACGGAAAAGUUGUAGAGACUGGUUUACAACGCUCCCUGGAAAUUCACCUUCGUUUACAAGCCGUUCCUUCCACAACUAAUUCAAAGGUUCACAAUGAAGCUCUUCCUCCUUCUCUCAUCCUUGACAACUCCUCUUCUGACCAAUCUGACUCCGCAAGCUUCUUUGACUCUGCCUAUUCUUCUGCGAACCUGGCUACAAUUCCAAACCCCGAAUCUGAUUUGUAUCCUAGCCCCGUACCUUUAUCAUCUCGAUUUACGGAUCCUCCUUCAGAGGGCUUAGAUUUUGAUUCUAUUUAUCCCCACAGUAACAACCAAAAUGACUACUCAACAGCUCCCUUUUCAGAACCCUAUGGCAUGGAACCACCGUCAUCCAAUGUCCAUCCUGCGACAGAUCCUGUAUGUCCGUCCACUUCAAUUACAGAAUCCAUAUCCAAUGCUGUAUCCAAGAAGAAGCGUAAGCGUGAUCCGACUCCCCUUUGCACAUUCAACUCUUCUGAUUCAAACGUUCCGUCUGAACGCGAACAUGUUCAAGACUUUAUAAAAGAGCAAGUUAAAAUAGCACGUGCACGUAUAGAAAAGCGCUUGCCAACUAUACGGGGAAAAGAUCGAAUCGAGGAACAGCUUACAAAUAGUCUUCGUGAAGGAAAAAUCCCUCCUUAUUGUCAAAAUUGUGGUGCUAUAAAAACUGCAAAUUGGCGUAACGCUAAUUUCAUGAACACAACGAUCAUGCUUUGUAAUGCUUGUGGAAUUUAUUGGACUACAAGACACUCAAUGCGGCCAAGAUCCCUCUGGAGCACGUACAAAAGCUUAGAAUUGGAAAAACCUUCUGAACUAGAUUCUUUUGCUCAACUAGAAAUUGCCGUGUACAAAUUAUCUCAACAAAGAAAGCCCUUAAUUCCAGUUUUUCGUCAGCUAGAAACAGCAGGUCGUCAUUCUCCCCUUCCAAAAGUGACUUCCAAAUCCUCAGGUUCCACAACUGAAUUAAAGAACACGUCAAACAAAAUCGGGCUACAAGGAACACGGUCCGAGAAUUUACUUAAUAAUGAUUUACGACAGAUUCAGUCUUCUCCGGUUGUGAAAACGACUAACAAUAAUGUUCGAGAAUCGUCAAGAGAACCAUUAUCUGAAAUAGGCACAAACAGCACAUGGCUUGUAUUACCGUCAUCGGCGAGUGACGAUAUUCGAAGGCCCGAGCCUGAAAAAGUAAUGAGCAGUAAUCCAAAUAAAGAGAAUGAAAAUCGGCUGCCAAAGCAAUACAUGAAGCAAGUAAUCAGAAAGCCAGACGAAGAUGCAGAACCUACCCUUCCCGUUUGUGACUUGGAAAAGGAUGUAGAUGAUCAAUUGGAGAGUUUAUUUAAAACACCCCCGAAGCCGAAAAGAGCCAAACAAAGUCCAUCACCUUGGCGUUCAGAACUGUUUGUGUCCGAUUUAGGUCAAAUUAAUCUAACCCCCGAGUUUAAACCCAAAUUUGAUUUAACCAAGGCAUUGAGUGCAGCUGUGAGAUCCGAUAAUAAAGAAAAUUCACCCCACUUACCUGAAAACACGGAAACUGCUGAACUGUUUCCAGAGUUCAUGCAGUCGCCCUUGGUUGAUGCGGAUGAAAGAAGAACAGUUUCAUUAGCGACAGAUUUGGCGAUGCCGAGUAGUCCUCCAAUGGCUCCAAUUGACAGGUUUAUAUCUUAA